AUGACGACAACCGGUUUUUGCGGCACUUCCUCAUACGUCAUCGUCGAGUACACAGUAAAGCGUGGCCGCGGCUCCUCCCCCUACAAGCUAGUCAGCGCUCCGCUAUUGCUAACUGAGCUGUGGAACCACAGCAGCGACACAGAUUCAAUGUCCGAAAAAAGUUCAUCCUCCGGUUCGGAUGAGGAUUUGGACCCAGAAUCUGGACAGUCCGGGGAACUCGGUGGCGUCUUAAGCAAGUGGACAAACUACAUACACGGCUGGCAGGACAGAUGGGUCGUGUUGAAGAACAAUACCUUGAGUUACUACAAGUCGGAGGAUGAACGGGAGUACGGCUGCAGGGGUUCUCUGUGCCUUAGCAAGGCUGUCAUCACACCACAUGAGUUCGACGAGUGUCGAUUUGACAUCAGCGUGAAUGACAGCGUUUGGUACCUCAGAGCAGAGGACCCAGAGCACAGACUCCGCUGGAUAGAAUCAAUAGAACUGCACCGGGCCGAGUCUGGAUACGGUUCAGAGACCAGUUUAAGGCGCCAUGGUUCCAUGUUGUCUCUCACAUCAGCAGCUAGUGCCUUGUCUUCCGCAUCCACAUCAUCCUUCAAGAAGGGGCACAGGCUGCGUGAGAAGCUGGCAGAAAUGGAAACCUUUCGGGACAUUCUGUGCAGACAAGUGGACACCCUUCAGAAGUAUUUUGACUCGUGCGCUGAUGCUGUAUCCAAGGAUGAAUUUCAAAGAGACAGAGUAGAGGAGGAUGAAGAUGAAUUUCCUACCACAAGACCAGAUGGUGAACACAAUCACAACAACAACGGCAGCAAAGAGAAACUAUUCUCGCCUGCCAGUCCCAAAGGUAUUAACGGGAUAGACUUUAAGGGAGAAGCAAUCACAUUUAAGGCCACCACAGCAGGCAUCCUCUCCACCUUGUCCCACUGCAUCGAGCUGAUGGUCAAACGAGAGGACAGCUGGCAGAAGAGAUUGGACAAGGAACUGGAGAAGAGGAGGAGGGUAGAAGAUGCUUACAGAUCUGCUCUGAAUGAACUGAAGAAGAAGUCACACUAUGGGGGCCCAGACUAUGAGGAGGGACCCAACAGUCUAAUCAAUGAAGAUGAAUUUUUUGAUGCUGUGGAAGCUGAAUUAGACAGACAAGACAAGAUAGAAGAGCAGUGCCACUCGGACAAGGUCAGAAUACCUCGCCUAACUCCAGUCCCUCCUGGUGAUGCUUUCUCCACAAUCGGCACACAUCGAUUUGCCAACAAGCCCCGCCGCUAUUCUUCUUCACAGUCCUCCGCUGAGCUAGUCAGCGCUUCAGACGACAUUCACAGAUUCAGCGUUCAGGUGGAGGAGAUGGUGCAGAAUCACAUGACCUAUUCUCUUCAGGAUGUGGGUGGAGAUGCAAACUGGCAGCUGGUGAUAGAAGAAGGGGAGAUGAAGGUUUACAGGAGAGAAGUGGAGGAGAAUGGCAUCGUGCUCGAUCCCCUGAAAGCCACUCAUUCUGUUAAAGGGGUAACAGGGCAUGAGGUCUGCCACUACUUCUGGGACACAGCCGUCCGCAUGGACUGGGAGACCACCAUCGAAAAUUUCAACGUUGUGGAAACACUCUCUGAUAAUGCCAUCAUUGUUUACCAGACACACAAGAGAGUGUGGCCUGCCUCUCAGAGAGAUGUGCUCUAUCUGUCAGCCAUCCGGAAGAUUCUGGCCACAAACGAAAACGAUCCUGACACGUGGUUGGUCUGCAACUUUUCUGUGGACCACGACAAUGCUCCUCCCACAAACCGGUGUGUCCGUGCCAAAAUCAAUGUUGCCAUGAUCUGCCAAACUCUGGUCAGCCCACCAGAGGGAGAUAAAGAGAUAAGCAGGGACAACAUCCUUUGUAAGAUCACAUAUGUUGCCAAUGUAAACCCGGGAGGCUGGGCUCCAGCUUCAGUCCUCAGAGCUGUGGCCAAGAGGGAGAAAAAACUGCUGGGAAGUCCAUCCUCUUCUGAGCACAAGAAGGUUGCCUGCAGGAGAGAAAUCAUCGCAUCCAGCAGACUCCUGAUGGACACAUGGCAUAAUCAGGACUCCUUAUUACCACCCCACAGGACGCCUGCGUGAAGACGAGACUGGUUUUACAGCUUUAAUGCAUCAGUACUCACCACCCAGCUCCUUGUUAAUGGCCUAGCACCAUCUGUUGGUCAUGAAAGUGCAUUUUAUGUAAACUCAAACUUUUCUGAAGCAGUUUUUGAAAUGUUAACAAUUCUCUGCAUUUUGUUUUUGUUUGUUUUUUUUGUAAAUUGCUAUGUACAUUUCCUCUGAUUUCAUACAAGUUGACUCUAAGGGUUUUGGGUUAAUCACUAGUAUUACAGCUACUUGUUUUUGCUGCUGCUAAGUUGACAACCAUUUGAACGAAAAGUAGAGAUUCACAAAAAAAAAGCUCCAACGUUUAAGCUGAGCUUUUUUUUUUUGCCUUUUCCUGUCCCUAUUGUUAGGACUCCUCACAAAUGGGUGUUGGAGGCUAACGCUUUGAAAUCUUUAUAUUUCUCGUUUGUUGUGAAUCAUCUUUCAGAGAGCACUAUGGACACAAUGUAUUGUACGGAGUUAGUUUUCAGUUAGAGCACCAAUGUGAGAAAUGUGAAUUAUUGACUGUUAAAUGCUUGAAUUAGGUGUCAGCUGUGGGCUGGGGAGAUGAUGGAUUGAGGGAGUUUGUUCUUGAACUCUUUGGACUAUUUUUGACACAGAUAAACUGACGGGAUGGUUAGUUGGGAUUUGUAGAUGCUAUGCUGCGGUCAUCUGGGCUCUGGCCUCAGGCUGCUGCCGCAGAUGACCAGCCGAGGCGUCUGAUAAAAGAAGUCCUCUCUUUCUUUGAGAGAUGAGUGGAUCAACUUUAUACAGCAGUUUUUUCUACUUUGAUCCUCAGACCUUUGUGAGGCAGAGGAAAUGUGUCUGUUCAUAAGUGUGAGGUUUGUAAAUGUGUUCUGUCUGUGAGGACAAGGGGAAGUUGUUCAACGACAAAGAGUCAUCCACUCCCUGUGCUCUCUGUCCUGCAUUGUUUUACAUUUCACACACACUACAGUGCAGUGGCCUCCUGCCCUUUGACUGAUAACCACCCCCAGAAUGCCUUAGACACCGGGAUGAACCUUUCAAGUCCUGGAUUUCUCCACUUUCCAGCCACCAGAUGUGCAUUUAUCAACACUGAAAUUAAGCUGGUGAGAGGGGUGUGUCAGGAUGUCAAAUCAUUUUACCUCAUGGCUUGAUUUUACUACACUGUUCAUUGCCAUCAAAAGUUGGGCGUUCUGCAAUCAGCUGAUCUGAAUGGUUGGGGAAAAAAACUGAGAUUUUCUUAGGUCAGAGGUUUGGAAAGUUCUGGAUCAUUGUUCUGCUGAUCAUAACAAGCUAGAUCUACAAGUAAUGUCAGCUGAAGAAUGCAGUUAGUGUUUUUAAUUGUAUUUUGUCAGUAAUCUACAUUCUUUGUAUAUUUCUAAGUUGUACAUCAGAAAUAUUAUUUGCUCUAAAUGUAAGGCAGUUUGAUAAUGUUCUGUAAAUUAAAAUUAUGACACAACAAA